AUGGCUGCCCAGGCUAGCGAGAAGCUGCAGAAGCUCGACCUCAACGGUCAAAGCGGCGACGCGAAGGCGGACGCUCCUGCCGCUGGUCAAGCACAAGCCGGAGAGGCGGAGGACGACUCCGAUGACGAUGAAGUAGAGGAUGGAAAUGCUGCCGGCGAGGGUGCAGCCAGCGGAGCCGCCAAGAAAAAGAAAAAGCGCAAGUCCAAGAAGAAGAAGAAGGGUGGCGCCAAGGUCCAAUCCUCUCCUCCGCGCGUUCCCCUGUCGACUCUGUUCGCCGGAAAGGAAUACCCCGAGGGUGAGAUCGUCGAGUACCAGAAUGAGAAUUCGUACCGCACCACCAACGAGGAGAAGCGCUACCUCGACCGCAUGAAGAAUGACUUCCUGCAGGAGUACCGUCAGGCUGCUGAGGUGCACCGUCAGGUUCGUCAGUAUGCGCAGAAGACCAUUAAGCCUGGUCAGACCCUCACCGAGAUCGCGGAGGGCAUUGAAGAAUCCGUCCGUGCCUUGACCGGUCACCAGGGUCUUGAGGAAGGUGAUAACCUCAAGGGUGGUAUGGGUUUCCCCUGUGGUCUCAGCAUUAACCACUGCGCUGCCCACUACACCCCCAACGCUGGCAACAAGAUGGUGUUGCAGCAGGGUGAUGUCAUGAAGGUCGAUUUCGGUGCCCACAUCAACGGCCGCAUCGUCGACAGUGCUUUCACCGUGGCUUUUGACCCGGUGUAUGACCCUCUCUUGGCGGCCGUCAAGGAUGCUACCAACACUGGUAUCCGCGAAGCGGGUAUUGACGUCCGCAUGAGCGACAUUGGUGCCGCUAUCCAGGAAGCCAUGGAGAGUUACGAAGUUGAAAUCAACGGGACUAUGUAUCCCGUCAAGUGUAUCCGGAACCUCAACGGUCACAACAUUGACCAGCACAUUAUCCACGGUGGCAAGAGCGUUCCGAUUGUCAAGGGUGGCGAUCAGACCAAGAUGGAGGAGGGUGAAGUGUUUGCCAUUGAGACCUUCGGCAGUACCGGAAAGGGCUACGUGAGAGAGGAUAUGGAAACCUCUCACUACGCUUUGAUCCCUGAUCACAGCCAGGUCCCCCUGCGUCUCUCUUCGGCGAAGAACUUGUUGAACGUCAUCAACAAGAACUUCGGUACUCUUCCCUUCUGUCGCCGUUACCUCGACCGGUUGGGCCAGGACAAGUACCUUCUUGGGUUGAACAACCUGGUUUCGUCCGGAAUUGUCCAGGACUACCCGCCUCUUUGCGAUAUCAAGGGCUCCUACACUGCCCAGUAUGAACAUCGUACAGGAAUCGGACCAUCCGUGGACCCGGGUAGCCCCACGUGGAAAGCAUCCGCUCCGAAACUCACGUUCCAGGCUCCGCAAACCACCUCCGACAAAACAGAGCCUUCUACCAGAAUCGAUCCUCCAGAAGCCUCCGCUGUCGAUGAUCACUUCUUUUGGACAUACACAGAGGAGCCGCAUCGCUCCAGGCGACAAGCCAUCAUCAAAGCUCACCCAGAGGUUACCAAGCUCUGCGGACCAGAGCCCCUGACCAAAUAUGUCGUUCUGGGCGUCGUCUCCCUUCAGAUCCUCUGCGCCUACCUGCUCCGCAACACGUCCAUGUUCGACUGGAAAUUUCUCGCGACUGCAUACGUGAUCGGAGCCACCUCGAACCAGAACCUCUUCCUCGCCAUCCACGAGAUCUCCCAUAACCUCGCCUUCCGGUCUGCUAUGGCCAACCGUCUCUUGGCCAUCUUCGCCAAUAUCCCGAUCGGUUUGCCCUAUAGCGCUGCAUUCCGGCCCUACCAUCUCACCCACCACAAGUCCCUCGGUGUCGCAGGCCUAGACACCGACCUUCCCACCGCCGUCGAAGCCUUCCUCCUCGACUCCCUUCUAGGAAAGGCAUUCUUCUGCACCUUCCAGAUCUUCUUCUACGCCGUCCGCCCCAUGUUCAUCUACAGCCCUCCCUUCACCUCCAUUCAUGUCCUGAACCUGAUCACUCAGCUCACCUUCGACUACGCUUUGACCAAGUUCUGCGGCGGAUCCCUCCAACCUCUUCUCUACCUCCUUCUGAGCUCCUUCCUAGCCGGCUCUCUCCACCCCUGUGCCGGCCACUUCAUCGCAGAGCACUACUUCUUCUCCCGCGUCGACCACGGCACCGAGUCUAUCCAAGAGCAGAAGAACAACCAGAAGAAGUCCCACCCUCUCGAUUCCCUUCCCCCACCGGAAACCUACUCCUACUACGGCCCCCUCAACUUCUUCACCUACAACGUGGGCCUGCAUAACGAACACCACGACUUCCCCGCUAUCCCCUGGACAAGACUGCACGAGCUUCACCGCAUCGCUAGCGAAUUCUACGAGCCCCUCCCCUGCCACCACAGCUGGGUGUGGGUGAUCUGGACAUUCAUCCUGGACAAGAACGUCGGCAUGUGGUGUCGGGUUAAGCGUGCGCAGGGCGGUCGUCUCGUUGGUGGUGGUGGUGGUGGUAGCGGACGCGCAGGUGAAAGCAUCUCGGCUUCGUCGGCUGGUCCGGAAGGAGAGUCGGGAGAUGGGUGGAAGGAGAGUGAGAUUCAGAAUUGA